GGCAAAACCGAGGACCAGCGCAACGAGGAGAAGGCGCAGCGCGAGGCCAACAAGAAGAUCGAGAAGCAGCUGCAGAAGGACAAGCAGGUCUACCGGGCCACGCACCGCCUGCUGCUGCUGGGUGCUGGAGAAUCUGGUAAAAGCACCAUUGUGAAGCAAAUGAGGAUCCUGCAUGUUAAUGGGUUUAAUGGAGAGGGCGGCGAAGAGGACGCGCAGGCUGCCAGGAGCAACAGCGAUGGUGAGAAGGCCACCAAAGUGCAGGACAUCAAAAACAACCUGAAGGAGGCCAUUGAAACCAUUGUGGCCGCCAUGAGCAGCCUGGUGCCCCCCGUGGAGCUGGCCAACCCUGAGAACCAGUUCAGAGUGGACUACAUUCUGAGCGUGAUGAACGUGCCGGACUUUGACUUCCCUCCCGAAUUCUACGAGCAUGCCAAGGCUCUCUGGGAGGAUGAGGGGGUGCGCGCCUGCUACGAACGUGCCAACGAGUACCAGCUCAUCGACUGCGCCCAGUACUUCCUGGACAAGAUCGAUGUCAUCAAGCAGGCCGACUACGUGCCAAGCGACCAGGACCUGCUUCGCUGCCGUGUCCUGACUUCUGGAAUCUUUGAGACCAAGUUCCAGGUGGACAAAGUCAACUUCCACAUGUUCGACGUGGGAGGCCAGCGUGACGAACGCCGCAAGUGGAUCCAGUGCUUCAAUGAUGUGACUGCCAUCAUCUUCGUGGUGGCCAGCAGCAGCUACAACAUGGUCAUCCGGGAGGACAACCAGACCAACCGUCUGCAGGAGGCUCUGAACCUCUUCAAGAGCAUCUGGAACAACAGAUGGCUGCGCACCAUCUCUGUGAUCCUGUUCCUGAACAAGCAGGACCUGCUCGCCGAGAAAGUCCUCGCCGGCAAAUCCAAGAUCGAGGACUACUUCCCGGAGUUCGCUCGCUACACUACUCCUGAGGAUGCUACUCCCGAGCCUGGAGAGGACCCCCGUGUGACCCGGGCCAAGUACUUCAUCCGCGACGAAUUCCUGAGAAUCAGCACUGCCAGUGGAGACGGGCGCCACUACUGCUACCCUCACUUCACCUGCGCUGUGGACACCGAGAACAUUCGCCGCGUGUUCAACGACUGCCGCGACAUCAUCCAGCGCAUGCACCUUCGUCAGUACGAGCUGCUGUAAAGGGGGAACCAUAUACUUAAGCCUUAAGCACAAUUAAUUAAAAAUACUAUAUAACUCUACAAGCAGUUAAUCGCCCACCAUAGGGCAAAGAUUAACCAAAGCAACCUUUCCUUUCCCCCGUGAUUUUGCAAAACCCCUUUUUCCUUUUCGCUUGCUUCGAUGUUCCAAAUUUAGAAAGCUUAAGGCGGCCUUCAAAAUUAAAAUAGAAUAAGAAAAAGGCCACAAGAGUUCCCUCUCACUUAAAAUAUAAGCAGCAAUCCAAAAAAAACCAAAUAAUUGUUUUGUGCAGCAUUAAAAAAUCAAUCAAUAAAAAUUAAAUAAUCGGCAAAA